AACACAUUGUUUGUUAUGUAAAUCCAAUAAUUGUGACCACCUUGAAACAAAAGGUUAAGUCACAAGCUGGGUACAAAUGUGUGCGUUGCACUUGCACAUGGCCAAGGCCAACCUCCCCAUGUUCCAACUGCUCCCACAUCAACCCCACCUUCCUUUUUUCUUUCUUUCUUGCUUAUUUCUUAUGCUUAUUUUAUUUUCCUAGUAUAACUAACUAGAACACACAUAUAUCCAUUCAUUCACUAAUAUCUACACAUAACACAAUUCCCCAUUGUAUCCAUAAGGCUAAUUACUACUACUUGUUCAUCAUUACUUAGCCCUGCCUUGUUUGUCCUUAGACGACAUUAUUAUCUCUAUCUAAUUCUACCUACAUAGCUUUUGAUCAUUUCAAGGAUUGGUGUUUGUUUGUAAAGAUGUGUUCUUCAAAGUCGAGAGGAUUACAGAGGAGCAGCAGCUUCAACGGUCAGCCGCCACCUAAUCGCGGCCCUCUGCUCGAGAGGCGCAAUUCGUUCAAUAAUAGUAUUAACGGUCGGGAGGCGGCUGCAGGAAGCAUAGCAGCGGCUAGAAGAGAGCAAGUGGCCAUUCUUCAGGAGCAAAGGAAAAUGCGCAUCGCUCACUAUGGAAGAACGGUCGCAACUAAUAAGGCUGCUCUUUCCAACAACAAAAACGACGACAAUAAUAAUAAUAUUCAUCAUCAACAUUACUCUUUCCCUCCUCUUGCUGUUCCUUGUACCCAACAACAACAAGAUAAGAGAUGCACUUUCAUCACCCCUAAUUCAGACCCUUUAUACGUGGCUUAUCACGAUCAAGAAUGGGGGGUGCCUGUUCAUGAUGAUAAGUUGCUGUUUGAAUUGCUGGUUUUGACUGGUGCGCAAGUAGGAUCGGACUGGACUUCGGUUUUGAAGAGAAGGCAAGAUUUUAGGGACGCCUUGUCGGGUUUUGAUGUUGACAUCGUUUCGAAAUUCUCUGAGAAGAAGAUGAGUUGCAUUGCAGCAGAGUAUUGUAUGGACUUGGGCUUCCUCAGGGGAGUAGUCGACAAUGCUAAAAUGAUUCUUGAGGUAAAGAAGGAAUUUGGAUCGUUGGACAAGUAUGUGUGGGGAUUUGUGAAUCACAAGCCCAUCACAACCCAAUACAAGUGGUGCCACAAGAUCCCGGCAAAGACAUCCAAAUCGGAGACGAUAAGCAAGGACAUGGUUAGGAGGGGGUUUCGGGUGGUGGGCCCCACCGUCAUACACUCCUUCAUGCAGGCCGCUGGCCUCACCAAUGACCACUUGAUUACCUGCCCCAGCCGCCACUCCUCCAACACUCUGUAUACGUGCAUCACCCCUUCAUCACCACCAUCAUCAUCCUCAUCCUCAUCAUCGUUAUCUAAUUAACCCCUCCAGCUCCGUGAUUAAUUAUAUAUAAGGUCACGCAGUGUUGUUAUUGGCUAAUUAAUUAUUGAUAUUAUAGUCUUCAGAAUUAAUCCUAUCCCAAGUGUGUUUGUGGGGAAAAGGAAUCAACUUUUUUUAUUGCGACUUGUGGGCGCGCUGGAAAAGGAGAAUAUAUAUAUCAUACAAUCAUAUGGGGAAAGGGCAUUAAUGCACAUGGCAGAGCUAAUCAUACACCCAACCCAUCUACAUAUUAUUAUCCUUUCUUUUGUGUUUGUAUUCCCUGUCUGGGACCUCUCUACAAUACAAGGUGGUGCUUCCUGAUUAUAAUGUAUUUAUAGGUUUCUUUAUAUAUAGGUGUGAGAGCAAAACGCGAAAAGGUGUUGUGCUAAAUUGUAUCAUCAUAUUCUAAUUCUGUGUGUUGUGUCAAGGUUUGGUUUCCUUAUUUUUUGUAAUAGAAUUGCUGGUUUUUGUUGUGUACAGUGUGUUCUUUUCCUACCUGGGAUUGCUGAUUUUUUUUUAUUUUUUU